GCGAACUCGGUGCGCAGUCGGCCCCGAGCUACAGGCGGCGCGCGCGCAGCUCCGCGUUAUACCAGUGAAAGGACGCAUGACUCAUACCAAAACCAGUCAUGAACGAGUACGCCGAGUACGACUGGAAGCUGCAUCAAAUGCAAAAUGAGCGCCUUUGUGAAGUGGCCAGGAAACGCCUCACAGACGGCGACCGACAACGUGCUCUCAACGGCCUGCGAGACGCAGUCGACAAGAGCCUCAACCUCGCCCUGCGCGACAAAAGUAGAUGUCAGGAUGACAACUUCCUGCGGCGCUUUCUGUACGCGCGCAAACAUGACGUGCAGCAAAGUUUCGAGCUGCUGGUGAGCUACCACCAGUACCGGCGCGAGCACCCCGAGCUGUGGGCGGCCGCGGACGGCGGCGUGCUGCGCGCGCUGGCGGACGGCCUGCCCGGCGUGCUGGCGCAGCGCGACCGCCGCGGCCGCUGCGUGCUGCUCAUGUUCGCCUCCAACUGGAUACCUCACGCCUGCCCUCUGCUCUCCGUCUUCAGAGCUCUCCUACUCACCAUUGAACGCACUCUGGAUGAUGUUCAAAAUCAAGCCAACGGUUAUGUCAUUAUCGUAGACUGGACUGAAUUUACGUUUAAGCAAUCGUGUAGUUUGCAAGCUAAAGUGUUGAAAAUGAUGAUUGACUGUCUACAAGAUUGCAUGCCUGUGCGUUUCAAAAGCAUACACUUCAUUGGGCAGCCUUGGUAUGUGGAAACUGCUCUCGCUGUAAUUAAGCCGUACCUUAAGGCGAAGACUCGAGAACGCAUCAUGUUGCAUGGAAACAAUCUGUCAACGCUUCAUGAUGCGCUGCCUCUGGACAUACUGCCGGCAGAGCUCGGGGGAGAGGGGCCUUCAUACAACUCGGAACUUUGGCUUCAAGACUUCUGUCGAGGUGAAAAUAUAAACCCUGCGCCGAUAACAACAUCAACUCCGGCGAUACCAAUUGAAAAUGAUCCGCCUUCUGCGAAACUGGAUAAAGCAUAUAAACAAAAGGACAAUCCAAACUUCUCUUUCAAUGGAAGCGAAAAAAGUGCAAAAUCAGAGCUAUUGCGUGAUAAAGAUUGACCUAUCGCACAUUGUGGUAGCAGCAUGGUUCCACUGGACACAAAGGACUGUUCCGUCCGUGAAAACGCGACAAUAUGUCGUUGCACUCCCGUGCUUCGGUUUGCAUUUUGUGAUAUCAAGUGUAUUUUUAUUGUAAGGCCUUGAGACUGCUUAGACGAUUAGAGUAAACUGCUUAUUAGAGAGUAGAAAUAUGAAUAAGUACUCAGGGGCUUAUGUGCAUUUAUAUGGCCUCAGAUACGAGCGGCAACCAAACAGAAGUCGAUUUUUGUAGGUUAGUUGCAUUUCAAUUAAUGAGUCAGAGACAUUUCGGUGGCGGUGGGAGGCGAUGAGGUCGGCGCAUCCCCCGCGUCCGGCGAGCGCUCGGCGCGGGCGCAGGUAACGGUGCUCAGCUCUCGUUUCGACGCAUCCGCUCGAAUCACGAUCGCAGCCGCUGGAUCUCGGUCUACAUCCACAUAAGCUUGCAUACAUACUAAGCCUAUGUUUUUCGUGUUAUUUAUUCCAUUUACUAACCAGUUGUUUUAAUUUAUAUACUUCAGAUAUCACUUGAUAGUUGUAGACACUUUGCUUUAACCAUGUGAGGCUUAUUGCGCAUUUAUUAUUAUGUUUAAGUCCAUGUUUGAAAAAUAUGUGAUGGCGAUGCGAUUUAUUUUAAUAAUAAGUAUCUAUUGUCCUGCUAGUGGGGGAUAUCAGUAAUCGGUUUCAGUAAUAACGCUUGGCUGGUGGAUAAAGAACAGUAUUAAAUUAUUGAAAGCAUGGUCGGCGCGUAGCCGUCCGGUACGUGCCAGGCCUGUGUAUGUGAUGUGUAACGUCUUUAACGGUCUUAUAGCUCUCACUAAUGAACUUCCAGAGCUCUCUCAUAUUCAUUACUUAUUGUAUAGUGUAGGGACCCUUUGUGUACAUAGUAGACGUCGAAAGGACAGUAAAAUGUAUGAUAAAUGUAUGUAUAUAAUAAGGAAGGCAGCUGCUGUGUAACAGAAAGUCAUAAUAAUAUUUUUGUACUCGUACACCGAAUCCUACUCGCUUAAUAAAAAAGUUGUUUCGAAUGAUUGUAAAUAUUGAAAUGACUGAAACAAUGUAUUGAUAUUAUAGUUAUAGUAUUUGAAAAUAAAUGUAUUGACGACGUAUUUAUGUAA